AUGUCAGGAAAUAAUUUUGAUAUCCAAGUUCAAUCUCAGGAUGGAUCAAUUACGAUUUUAAGCGUAUCACCUGAUAUGGUUAUGAAGAGGGUCUUCAUGACAUACUGUAGGGAAAAACUAAUAGACUGGAAAAAAGUUCGCUUUGUCUUGGAUGGAAAACGCAUUUCACCAGCAAAAACUAUUGAUGAAGAUGGAUCAAUUACGAUUUUAGGCGUAUCGCCUGAUAUGGUUAUGAAGAGGGUCUUCAUGACAUACUGUAGGGAAAAACUAAUAGACGACAAAACAAUUCGAUUUCUCUUAGAUGGAGAACACAUUUCACCAGCAAAGACUAUUGAUGAAGUUGGGUUAAAAGAUGGUGAUCAGAUCAAUGCUAUGAUUAAGAUGGAAGGCUCAGCUCAGCCAUGUCUGGUACUCAAGUUAUUAUCCAACAAGGUUGGAAGCUUACUGUGUUUUUGGAAUGCACCGAAAAAGUACAGGAGAUUGGAUACUAAGCUUGAAACAAAAAUGGUGGAGCUUAAGAGAAGUUCAUCAGGGCAAAGCAAAUUCAGGUCAAUCAAUAGCAUAAUCUUGAAAUUUCCUCAUUUUAAAGAGGGGUUGAAGGAGAUAAAAGGCGUCUUUGAACAGUUCGAUGAAGAUUCGAAUGGGACUAUUGACCGGGAUGAACUAAAGAAAUGUGUAAAGAAGCUGCAUUUUCAUGUUAAAGAUGAGGAAGUUAAUGAUCUUUUCGACUCUUGUGAUGUGGAUGAAAAGGAAGGGAUUCAAUUCAAUGAGUUCAUUGUUCUUCUGUGUCUUCUUUAUCUAUUGAUAGAUUCAUCGUCCUCCUCUGACAAUACCUCGAAGAUCGGUUCACCAGAGCUGGAAGCAACAUUCAACACAAUAGUUGAGGCAUUCUUGUUUCUUGACAAAAAUGGUGAUGGGAAACUGCACAAGAAAGAUGUCCUCAAGGCAUUAAACGAUGAAUGUCCUUGCGAGAAAUCCCCUUCUCAUGUCACUCGUACUCGAUUUAGAGAAAUGGACUGGAACAGGAGUGGCAAGGUCAGUUUCAGGCAGUUUCUUUUCGCGUUUCUUGAUUGGGUUGGUAUAGACACAGACGAUGAGAUCACACGACUAAAAGGGAGACUAAGUGCAACAACCACACCUCAACUAAACUAG